GUCAUUCCUGGGGUACGGAUCAUUCCUGGGGUACGGGUCAUUGCGGGCGGUGGGUUAUUCCUGGCGUGGGGGGUCAUUCCCGGGAUGAGGGUCAUUCCCGGGUGGGGGUCACUCCCGGUGUGCGGAUCAUUCCCGGUGUGCAGGUCAUUCCCGGGAUGGGGGUCACUCCCGAGGUGGGGGUCAUUCCCAGGCAGUGAAUUCCCGGGGUGCCGGUCAUUCCCGGGGUGCGGGUCAUUCCCAGGCGGUGAAUUCCCGAGGCCGCCGGUGCCUUGUCCCCCACCCGAUGCGGGCAGGAGCCGGCGCCGGGCCAUGAGCAACGCCACGGCCCCCACGGCGCCGGGCGCGGCGGGGGACUCGCUGGUGGGCUCCGUGCUGGGGCCCUUCCUCCUCCUCACCCUCCUGGGCGCCCUCCUGGCCGCGGUGAUGUACGUGAAGAAGAAGCGCAGCUACGACCCCGCUGAGGAGCCCCCCGAGUCCGAGCAGGAGCUGCUGGUGGAGGCUGAGGAGGCUCAGGUGGUGCCCGGCUGGGGGGGACCCUCGCCCCCUUGGCCCCCGUGCCGGGACUGGAGGGCCUGACCCUGCCUGGAGCACCAGGACCGGAUCCUGCCCGCGGCAGGGAAGGGAGCAGCACUGGUGCCAUCAGCCACAAUGGGCAGCCUGUGCCCACGGUGGUGCCACAGCUGCUGCCCGCACCUCCGAGCACCGACCGGGAUGGGACAUCUCCUACCUCAGUGCCUGGUUUUGCCAUUUUUCCUUGGCUUGAGCUGCUCCAGCAGCCCCUUGGAAAGCCCAGGAGGGGCCUAUGGGGCUGGCAGACUGGCAGGGAGCAGCAGGUUCUGCUGGCACGGGAUGCCUGGGGGAAGAUGGGGUAAAUAAAUAUGUCUCUGCCUUGGC